AUGGCCAAUACAACGGAUGCGAAAUUUCCUCUCCAUGAGGCUGCUCGAGAGGGCAAGCUUUCUAUAGCUGAGUCGCUCUUGAAUGCCAACCCAAAACUAGCAACAACAAAAGAUGACGAUGACCGUCUCCCCAUCCACUGGGCAGUGGCGUACAACCACCUCCCCAUCGUGGAGCUUCUUGUAGCGACAAAGGACUUUGAUCCAGAUGUCGAGGACGGGUCAUGUUGGACCCCUCUAAUGAUCGCAUCAAGUUUAAAAAACGCAGAAGGGGAUCCCAUUAUCGACCUCCUUCUACGAAAAGGCGCGGAUACCAAUAUGAAGAGUGUUACCGGCCAGAACGCUUUGCACUUCGCGACAUCCAAAGGAAAUCUCUCCACAAUCCGCACACUGCUAAAUAAUAAAUGCAGUGCCCGAGUUAAAGAUAAGCGGGGUCAGCUGGCGCUUCAUCGUGCUGCUGCAAUAGGUUCUUCGCCAAUCAUCCAGAUUCUUGUGAAGGAAGGCAGAAGCCCUGUUAAUGCAACUGAUAUUGAUGGUCUUACGGCGUUGCACCAUGCUAUCUCGGAGGGCCAUGGCGACGCAGCGGUUACAUUGCUGAAGGCUGGCGCUGAGGCCGACAAGGAGGAUCUGGAUGGGAAGCGGGCAAUUGAUAUGGCACCGGAUGCAAGGGUGCGAAGUUAUAUUUUGCAGGCUGCAGAAAGGGAGGGAAUUGACUUGUAG